AUGCCUGGAGUUUCAUUCAUAAAAGUUCUAUUUUUAUAUCCAAUCUUCUAUUAUCAAAACUGCAUGGAUGCUCAAAGUGGUGAUUGUUUUAAUAAUGAUUGGUCAAAUUAGGUAGCAGAGUGUGCAGGUAUUUUAUUUAAAGGUCGAUUUUGCUGUGAGGAUCAAAUAUCAUUACAAAUCAAUAAUAUAGUAGGGCUCAAGUUUCGUUUUGGCUUCACAAUUGUAAAAAUCGAUAGUUGGGAUCCAGGUGUUGAUAAUAUAAAAGUCAUAGCAGAGGAUGAAGUUCUAGAUACUUUAUCUUUCGGCCCUUAUGAAGGAACUUCUAUGUGUUUCAAUACUGAUUAUUAAGAUUUGUUCGCUUCGUAUUCUUAUAUGUUUAAUCUACCAUAAGGAAAGAACUCCUUGAAAAUAACUUUAAAAGGUUACUUUAAUGAAAAAGUAGAGAAUGAGUCUUGGGGGGCUAAGAGAUUCACUUUAGAAAUGUUCAUUCCUUGUGUAGAAUUUUAUAGUGAAUGUAAUUUUUAAGGAUAGGCGUGGAGAAUCUGUAAUGGAUAUCAAACAAGCUAAGUUAGAGAUAUUCCUUUCGAAAUUAAAUCAAUCAUAAUCGCAAAUGGAAUAUAAGUCAAAAUGAGAAAUCCAAAGUACAAUAGUGGUCAAACUUAAACAUUCACGUCAAGUUAAUAAUGUUUAUCAAGCUAUUAAUUUCCUAAAUAUAAUCAAAACGGUUGA